AACAUUAAAUGAGAAGAAGAAGGCUCCCUCCAACCUCACAAAAAAAAGUCAGAAGAAGAAAGGGUUCGGACGAAGAGGAAGUGUAUUUUGUUUCGAAUAGCUGAUUCACUUUGAGCGACAGUUCGUUGUAAAAACAUCAGUACACAAUGAACCUGGAACGACUUCCAAAUGAAGAGAAGCUCAGCCUAUGCAGAAAAUAUUAUUUGGGCGGUUUUGCAUUUCUGCCAUUCCUGUGGCUGGUUAAUACGGUUUGGUUUUUUCGGGAGGCUUUUAUGAAGCCAGCCUACACUGAACAGCUCCAGAUAAAAACAUAUGUGAAGCGGUCAGCACUGGGACUGCUGUUGUGGGUGGCAAUUCUUACAACCUGGAUCACAAUAUUUCAGCACUACAGAGCAGAGUGGGGAGAAGUGGGAGAUUACCUCUCCUUUACAAUUCCACUGGGCACUCCUUGAAUUUUAUUUUAGUGACAUGUGUUGAAAAUGACUAGUGAUCCUGUAUAGUGGGCCACAGAAUUUCCCUUUAAAUACAGAGAAAGACUUUGGCCUGUUUUUAUGGUCCUUUAGUGGCAUAAUGAGUAAUUUCUCACAGUCUUAAAAUAUUGAUGCUGCAGGACUCAGGAUUCUUUUUGUGUGUUUGUAAAAGCAUUUGAGUCAGAAAGAUGAACCUUGGGUAGGGGGCAGACUGAUCUUGCAUAAUAUACAAUGACAUAAUGUAAAAACAGGAUGUGCUUUCAUUUGUUUUGCCAUGGAAAUGUUUUUUCUUUAUGAUUUAUUGUCUGUGACUGUGUGUGACUGUACACAUUAAACCAUUUUUACUGGUAUCUUUGACAAAUAAAAAUAUGUUCAAUUCUUCCAAGUAACA